AUACCAUGGAUUGGGAAGAAGAUAAUGGAGGAAUCACUGAUAUGGAAUAUGUUAGCAUGCAGAUGCAACAAAAAGAUGUGCCAAAUCGACUACAAAUUGGGCAGCAGUUCUUGGAAUAUCUUACAGACACCCAUCGUUCUGCUCAUCUUGAUCUGGACUCCAGCACAUUGGACAAAAUUAUUGAUGAGUUAACCAGCUGGCUCAAUUGCAGCCACUACAAGGUGGCUUUGCUGGGAUUAGACCUCCUGAGUACCUUAGCUGAUAGGUUGCUAGAGCGUUUUCGGGGCCAUCUGGCAACAGUUCUACCAGUUUUAAUUGAUAGACUUGGAGAUGCUAAAGACCAAAUUAGAGACCAAAGCCAAAACCUUAUCUUGAAGUUGAUGUAUAGGACUGCAUCGCCAGCGUAUGUCUGGGAGAGAUUAGCUGCUGGCUUUAAGCACAAAAAUUUUAGAUCCAGAGAGGGAGUCUGCCAUUGUCUCAUCUCAACCUUAAAUAUGUUUGGUGCUCAGCAGUUGGGAGUGAGCAAGCUUGUUCCUCAGUUGUGCUUAUUGUUUGGAGAUUCCAAUGCCCAAGUACGGGAAACAGCAAUUCUAGCAAUUGUGGACGUUUAUAGACACAUUGGUGAAAAAGUGAGAGCCGAUCUUUGCAAUAGAGGAAUACCAGCAGCAAAGUUACAAGCAAUAUUUUCAAAGUUUGAUGAAGUAAGAAAAUCUGGAAAUAUGAUUCUAAAUUACUCUAAUGAUAAAAGCUUUGAGGAUGAGGACUCAGUGGAUGGGAACAGGCCCUCUUCAGCUGCAUCAGCUUUCAAGGUCCCUGCUCCUAAGAAACCUGGCAAUCCGGUCAGCUCUGGUAGAAAGCCUGUCUCUGGAGCCAAGGGUGGAGGUAUGAUGAAGGAAGGAGGUGUUGGAGCUGUUGAUGAAGAAGAUUUUAUUAAGGCCUUUACAGAUGUUCCUACUGUGCAGAUUUACUCCAGUCGAGAACUUGAAGAAACAUUCAAUAAAAUAAGAGAAAUUCUGUCUGAUGACAAACAUGACUGGGAUCAGCGAGCCAGUGCGCUUAAGAAGGUUAGAUCAUUGCUUGUUGCUGGAGCAGCGGAAUAUGACUGUUUCUUCCAACAUUUGCGUUUACUGGAUGGCAGCUUCAAACUUUCUGUAAAGGACCUUCGUUCCCAAGUGGUGCGAGAAGCUUGCAUUACAGUGGCCCAACUUUCAACAAUUUUGGGUAACAAAUUUGACCAUGGGGCUGAAUCCAUUGUGCCUACCCUUUUUAACUUGGUCCCAAACAGUGCAAAGAUUAUGGCAUCAUCUGGAUGUGCUGCGAUAAGAAUUAUAAUUCGACACACUCAUGUCCCCAGGCUAAUUCCAUUAAUUACAAGUAACUGUACAUCAAAAUCCGUAGCCGUAAGAAGGCGCUGUUUUGAGUUCUUAGAAAUGCUUUUACAAGAAUGGCAGACCCAUUCUUUGGAGAGGCAUGUAGCAGUUCUGGUUGAAACCAUCAAGAAGGGUAUGCAUGACGCGGAUGCAGAGGCAAGAAUCGGAGCACGAAAUGCUUACUGGGGCCUUAGAAGUCACUUUCCUGCUGAAUCUGAUGCAUUGUACAACUCACUAGAACCUUCUUACCAGAAGAGCCUUCAGUCCCACCUAAAGAUGUCCGGCAGUGCAGCAUCGCUCCCCCAUUCAGACCGCUCGUCCUCCAGCUCACAAGAGAGUCUUAAUCGUCCUUUUACUGCAAAAUUAUCUUCUGGUAGUAACCAAUUGCCUGGAAGAGUUUUAGGAAGCAGCAAGCCUGCACCAUCCCCAGGUAAUCUGCAGCGCUCCCGUAGUGAUGUAGAUGUGAAUGCUGCGGCUGGUGCAAAGAUUAGGCAUGCAGGCGGUGUGCCAACCAGCGCAAGUCGUGCAGUAGCAAAUUUACCACCAGGAUCCUGUUCUUCCUUAGAGGAUGCUCCUGACAAGAUGGAUGGACGUGUUCGUUCAAAACUUAGCACACUUCCCACUGGCACUUCAUCUUCUAAGACAGACUCAAGAGGACGCAGUCAAACAAAAUCUAUUUCACAGUCUCAACGACCACAGUCCGCUAACCCUGCUGGAAGUCGAUCUGGUUCACCUGGCAGAGUUUUAACUACCACUGCACUAUCAACUAUGAACAGUGGAGUCCAAAGAGUAUUGGCCAAUCCCCCAUCAGCACAAAAGCGGAGCAAGAUACCUAGAAGCCAGGGCUGCAGCAGAGAGGCCAGUCCAUCCCGUCUUUCAGUUGCACGAGGAAGUCGUAUCCCUCGACCUAGUGUGAGUCAGGGAUGCAGCCGGGAGGCCAGCCGCGAAAGCAGCAGGGACACAAGCCCUGUCCGCUCUUUUCAGCCUCUUGCCUCCAGACAUCACUCCAGAUCUACUGGUGCUCUCCACACCCCUGACGUGUAUGGGGCUUCAGGUGUAGGAUAUGGCAUCAGUCAACAAAGUCGACUGUCUUCAUCUGUCAGUGCUAUGCGAGUGCUGAAUACAGGGUCUGAUGUAGAAGAAGCUGUUGCUGAUGCUUUGCUCUUAGGAGACAUACGGACAAAGAAAAAACCAGCCCGCCGAAGGUAUGAGUCAUAUGGCAUGUAUUCAGAUGAUGAUGCCAAUAGUGAUGCCUCAAGUGCCUGCUCCGAACGCUCGUAUAGUUCGCGCAAUGGAACCAUUCCCACAUAUAUGCGCCAAACAGAGGAUGUUGCUGAGGUCCUAAACCGAUGUGCAAGCUCAAACUGGUCUGAGAGGAAAGAGGGACUGCUUGGUCUGCAGAAUCUUCUAAAAAACCAGAGAACUUUAAGUCGUGUUGAGCUGAAAAGACUCUGUGAGAUUUUUACAAGGAUGUUUGCAGAUCCCCAUAGCAAGGUAUUCAGUAUGUUUCUGGAAACAUUAGUUGAUUUUGUUCAAGUACAUAAGGAGGACUUACAGGACUGGCUUUUUGUGCUUAUCACACAACUGCUUAAGAAGAUGGGUGCCGAUCUACUGGGCUCUGUGCAAGCAAAAGUUCAGAAAGCUCUUGAUGUGACUAGAGAAUCUUUUGCAAAUGAUCUUCAGUUCAAUAUCCUCAUGAGGUUUACCGUUGAUCAAACCCAGACUCCAAAUCUCAAGACAGCCAAACCAGCUCUGCAGGACCAGCUUCGCUCUUUUUGGAGCUCAAAGGUGAAGGUUGCUAUUCUUAAAUAUAUAGAAACACUUGCUCAGCAAAUGGAUCCUGGAGACUUUGUGAAUUCAAGUGAGACACGACUUGCAGUUUCUCGUAUUAUAACUUGGACCACAGAACCCAAAAGCUCUGAUGUUCGCAAGGCUGCUCAGGUGGUGCUAAUUUCACUGUUUGAGCUUAACACCCCCGAGUUUACCAUGCUUCUUGGAGCUUUACCAAAAACUUUUCAGGAUGGGGCAACCAAGCUUCUCCACAAUCAUCUCCGCAACACAGGCAAUGGCAGCCAGGGUUCAACAUGUAGUCCUCUAACAAGGCCAUCUUCACGUUCACCUGCCAGCUGGGGUAGCCCUCUCACAUCUCCAACAAAUACAUCUCAAAACACCUUAUCUCCAAAUGCAUUUGACUAUGAUACUGAGAACAUGAACUCCGAAGAUAUUUACAGUUCGUUGCGUGGUGUAACAGAGGCCAUUCAGAAUUUUAGUUUCAGAAGUCAAGAAGACAUGAAUGAACCUGUGAAGCGUGAAGCUAGAAAGGAUGAAACAGAUUCAGUUUGUAGUGCUUCUGGCUUGGGUGACUUAAGAAGCAGUGGUGAUUCUUCUGAUACAGGAAGAACAGCUCUUGAUAAUAAAACGUCGCUGCUCAACACCAUGCCCCCUCGAUUGAACCAGCGAGCACGGGACUACAUCCCAAGCAACUAUUCAGACUCUUUAGGCUCUUAUAACAAGUCAGCUUUGAAGGAAGCGAUGUUUGAUGAUGAUGCAGAGCAGUUUCCUGAAGCUGAUUUGCCUCUGGAUUAUUCAGAAUUUGUUGGAGAGCUACUUAAAGAGCUGUCAAACCAUAAUGAACGUGUGGAGGAGAGAAAGGCAGCAUUGUGUGAGCUUAUGAGAUGCACAAGGGAAGAAUCCUUCAAUGUCUGGGAUGAACACUUCAAGACAAUUUUACUUAUUUUGCUUGAAACUCUCGGGGACAAAGAGCAUUCUAUCCGUUCCUUGGCACUGAGAGUGUUGAGAGAAAUACUCAAUAACCAGCCAUCCAGGUUUAAAAAUUACGCUGAACUCACAAUUAUGAAAACCCUUGAGGCACACAAAGACCAUCACAAAGAAGUAGUACGAGCAGCAGAAGAAGCAGCAUCAACGCUAGCCACUUCCAUUAGUCCUGAUCAGUGCAUCAAAGUAUUGUGUCCAAUUAUCCAGACAGCAGAUUAUCCCAUUAACCUAGCUGCAAUCAAAAUGCAAACUAAAGUUAUAGAGAGAGUGCCGAAAGAAGUCCUAACACAACUUUUACCUGAAAUUGUGCCAGGAUUAAUACAGGGAUAUGAUAACUCUGAGAGCAGUGUCCGGAAAUCUUGUGUCUUCUGCCUCGUAGCUAUCCAUGCAGUUAUUGGAGAUGACCUCAAACCACAUCUUAGUCAACUCACUGGCAGUAAAAUGAAACUACUAAACCUUUACAUCAAGCGGACACAAACUGGCACAGGGCCAAUCGACCCAGCUGCAGAUGGCUCUGGCCAGAGCUAGUAUAUGAUCACAAAUCCCUGGAUUCUUCCCUGUUAGCCCACUGAACAACGUGACAGACCUAAAUUGUUAAGACAUUUUACCAUUCAGUUUUCAAACCUGUUACCUCAUUCUAUCACUUUCCUUGGUUUUAUUUUUUUCAAACCAACAGACAUCCAGUGGUUUGCAUGUGACUACUGAGAUAGUUAGCCAUCACCCAAGGAGAUCAGUAUUAAACUCAAAUCUAUCUAACUUAAUAAAAACAUAAUUGAUUAAUCCCUGUGCGCACUGAUGUGUUCCUGAAAAGUUUUGACUGACAUUUACUAACAAGAAUAUAGUAAUAGUAUACAUUUUAAUGUUGUGAUGAAAUCACCAGGGCUGUCUUUAGAACCUACCCUGCCAAUGUCAAAUAUAUAAUUUGUUUAUGCAUCUUGAAGCACAUCAGAUAUUUCCUUGCAUAAUGCAUUUCGUACUGAUAAAGAUCAAACACAAUAUUUUUUUUUUUUUUUUUUUUUUGCAAGCAAGGUAAGACUAGUCUAGGCUGCCGCAGGACCUGUCACUGUGUAAUAGAUGUACCUCUUUAUUUAUACUUUGAGUGGAACAUGCCCAGAAAAAAUAAAUAUCAACUGGAUUGGUCACGUUUCUAUAAAGUGGUUCUUAUUUGCCCAUAUGUAAUUCCUCCCUGCCCCUUCUGAUUUUGUUUUCUGUGAGACUGUAACUGAUAUUUGUUCAAAUACAGCAAGAUUGCAAGAGGUAUAACAGAGCUGCACAAAUAGUUCAGCGGUUGAACUUUCUUCUUUGAUGGAUAUGAACCCUGCAUGUCAUCAUUUCUUCAAGCAGGAUGGAUCAGAAUGGAGUCCUCUUCACAAACAUACGUCGUAUGUAUUUUCCUCACAUCAAGAAGCAUAUUAAACUUAACUAAUGGCUCUACAACUCUCGUAAUAAAAAGUUAAGAAAAUUCUAGGCAAUUCUAAACAAAAAUUUUACAUUUAAACUGUUUAUCAUCUAGCAAAGUUUUCACAUAUCGAAAGCGUUCAUUGAAACAUUGUAGUUUGAUUUCAGCAAUGCAUCUAAAAUGUUUAUGCAUUGUCCUACUAAGGUUUAUUGUGUACUGCACUAGAUAUGUAAAAGCAGAUUUUGAGUGAGUACAGAUUCUUGAAUGUUGAGCAAUGUUCAAAAUGUUUUAAUAAGGGAGCACUGAUAAAUAUGUAUUUUGUUUGAAAAAUACAUAAGUUAUUCUUAAUUUUACAGGUAAAAAAAUAAUUGUGUGCGCGUUAAGGCAGCCCUAUGUACUUGGGUGAAAGGUAGUGUCUGCUCAGAUGUUAUAUUUAUUGUUUAAUCUUUUCUGGGGAGAGGAACAUUUGUAAAGUAUCCAUACAUAAAUACUUUCUGUCAUAUGAAAUAAUAUAUUUUUCCUCAAAACAAUUCUGCUAGUUAUUAUUUUUCUGCCCCUAGUAUCUGGCAGCCAGUUCUGUGUAUCUUGAUAUUCCAUAUGUAUCCAGACUCGCAUAUAAAAUGUAUGGCAUUACUUUAUGCAUAAGGUUGUUUUUUCACUAUUUAAAUACAUAGUGUAUUUAAAGGUUUAUGUGUAUCACUGUUCAUAUACAAAACAUUUGAACAAAUGCAUGAGAAAUACUUUGUUUCGUGGUUUUAUUACUAUAUUUGUUGGGCAUUAAGCUAUUAACAUAAGAGAUGGUUUAGCUUUAAAGGAAAUUACCAUCAAUAAAAAUGUAGUAAUUUUAUAAGUAGUAAAAAAA